AACCGCCAGUAUCCCCUUGCCAUGAUUGCCAUUAAUUUUUAUUAGUGAUCAAAGUAGUAGCGCCAGUCAGUCCAUAUGUAGCUCAAUUUUCAAAACAUGGAUACCCGUUGACGGCAUACUUGUGCAGAUAGUGCGAGUAUCUUGCGGUUGUCGGACUAUAUCUUAAGGUGUCACUGAAAACUAUCUCUGGCCUGAACUCCGAGUGUAUCUAUUGUGGAAAAGUGCUAAAAUACCGCAUUCAAACAAGACGUUGUUCUACCCAGUUGUAUGCGUUAAAUCUCCUAACAAGAUAGCCAGGAGAGAAAUAAAUCUUCAAGAUACAUUUCUACUGAUGUCAUCACAGUUUCGAUAGAGAGAUGCGAGGCAGAUGAAACUUUCACGCGUUCGGUGCUAUUUGUCGCGGAAUGAUAGCAAACAGUUCGUAAUUGAACGCCGGAUCUAUUUGGUGUAUUGUGAAUAAGAUACUUAGUGCUUGGAUACGUGUCACGAGUGCUCUAGAUUACACACAGGGUGAUUACUAGUGAACGGAGUGAGUGCGUUGGAAUCUAAACAGUGCGUGAAGUCUCGACAAAUUGAAGGCACUCACUUUUCCGCCUUGACCGGUUGAAUGCGAACUUUUCGUGGUUUUUGACAUUAUAUUUGAAUCCGUGAGCUGAGGUCCUUAUUCCUGGGAAUGUUUAAUCAAUGACAUGACGGUUUGCAGCUGUUUUUGUUUGGGUCAGUGUGGCAUGACAACGGUGAUAUCAGCUGUUUAGAUAUUCAUAUCUUUCGCGUACUAGAUACGAGUACAACUGGUGGAAGUUGCUUGGAGAUAAAAUGACGGAAAUUGAUAAGCCACGGAGAAGGUGUAAUGAGCCCCAUUAUUGAUGUUAUUCCCAAAGAUCUGAGCGGAGACACACAGUCCAAGCGUGUCAUUUAGUGUUGGAGUUCAGAAUGAGGUGCACGGAAGCUGAUAAGUGAAGCUUCCUACCAGUGAAAGUGAUAACAUUAAGGAUAUCCCUCGAGGAAGUAUCUGCCGGAAAAAGAAAUCUACCAGCGCUGGACAAAAUGAAGAUCAACAAGAGACUGCUGCCGAUCAAGGCUCACUACUUCUUCUUCAUGGCUGCGAUGGGACCUAUCCUUCCACAAAUGGCUGUGUUUGGAAAACAAUUAGGGAUAUCACCUGACAUCAUGGGUUUCGUGACUUCAGUUCUGCCGAUCCUGUACAUAUUGGCCAAGCCAGCGGUAGGGUUCCUAGCAGACUACUUUUCUCGCUAUCGGAAGAUGAUUUUCGUGCUGAUUAUCGUGAUCAUGACUAUCUGUUUUGCUGGAUUCGAAAUCGUUCCUCCACCGAAGCAGCAUUUAGUGAGCUCCCAGGCGGUUUACAAUUUCACUUUAGAUAGUGGUACCCAAGACUUGAACCAGUGCAAAAGUGAGUUUUCUUCGCACGAUGCACUUUGUCGAACAUCUAGGCAUGUCCAUUGUUUCAGCACCGAUGGAUCUGUGCAAAGUUUGAUUCUAUAUGUGACAGAUACAUCUAACAACACACCUUCAUUAUGCUGGGAAAAGGACCAACAAAUCAAUCUUCCCAGGAAUGUUUCAUUCCUAUCAUGCUCAAUAGACCACAGUCUUGAGCCGGAUUGCCUGUACAACAGCUUGACCUUCUGGUCGUUCGUGCUGUUGAUGUGCUUCGGAACAAUAGGCUUCAACGUGACAAACUGCAUCAGUGACGCAAUCUGCUUUGAUAUGCUUGGUGAAUCUCAGGAGAUGAAAUACGGAGCGCAAAGAGUAUGGGGGACUAUCGGAUUUGGAGCAUCGGCUCUCAUUGCCGGAUUUCUGACUGAUAUUAUGACGACGGAUGUUGUAAAAAGUAUAACGCCUGCAAUUAUUGUAAUGAUUAUAGCGAGUGGGCUGGAUCUCUUCAGUGUGGCGAAGUUGAAGCUUCCGAAAUUGUCUUCAGCUGACUCGAUACUUCGCGAAGUGUGGACCCUUUUGCGUCAGCCACGAAUUGCCAUUUUCCUACUGUUUGCCACAAUUGCGGGAAUUAUCGAUUCCUUCAUAAUAUAUUUCAUGUUCUGGCAUCUCGAAGAAGUUGCUGCGGAGACAGGAUAUAUGGGAUCCAUAAAACUUAUUGAAGGCUGUGUGGUCGCUGCAGAGUGCCUGGGGGGAGAGAUUAUCUUCUUUCUAAUCAGUGGCAGAAUACUUAAUCGAUUAGGAUACGUGCAUUGCCUCUCGCUGUGCUUCUUCACAUACUCAGUACGUUUAGGCCUUAUAUCCAUUAUACCGAAUCCUUGGUGGCUAGUGGCUGUCGAACUCCUGAUGCAAGGAUGUACUUAUGCUUUGUGCUACACAUGCAUUGUCGCGUAUGCUUCAGCGAUAGCUCCACCUGGAACAUCGGCCACUAUUCAAGGUAUUGUAGCUGGAAUGGAUGACGGAUUAGGAUUUUCUAUUGGUUCCUUAAUUGGUGGACAAUUGUAUAGAUAUUUUGGUGGAGCGAGAAGCUUCCAAAUGUUUUCAGCUGCAGCCUUUGCAACGUUCAUUGCGCAUAUAUUUUUAAGACCAGCUAGUAAGCAUGAAACCCACAUUUCAAGGAUAGGAUACCAGUCGCCCACUGAACAAAUACAUAUGACUUCAAAAACGUGACGAGGGUCAAGUUUUAACAUUGCUUAGAGAUGUAUCUUCCGCGAAAUUCUAAAAUUCUCAGUUUGAUGCCAACUACUGCUGCAAUACGAUAAGAUAUUUUAGUAGAAACUUGAGUUUUCGCUAGGCUAUUAAUUUUUAAAAUAUAAACCUUCACCUUAUUUAUUUACGCUAUAUAAACACGUGUGGUUGCAGGAUAAAAUCUAUUCAUAAGUUACAAUCUUUUUCAAAGACAGGAUUCAAGUGAAAUCAUUCCAUUCAUGACAUGGAACUCUAAAAAAACUACUGUAAACGAAUAAAUGGAUUUAUUACUAAAACUACUAUAGGAGAUGAAAAAGAAAGAUACCCAAUUUUUGUAACGAAACUUUUUCAAAUUCUUGUAAAAGGUACAUUUUUCAAAAGUAUCUAAUUGUACGUAUACUUUACGAUCUGAAACUACUGUAGGUAACAUUUUCCAACUUUUGUAUUUAUUGAACAUAGAUAUAUAAAUAUAAAUAAGUAAGCACAAAAAAAUAAAGUUACCAGUAUUCAUCUUUACGUAAA